AUGAAAAAGCUUUAUUUGGUGGGAAACCCUAUCCGGGUAGAUUAUGCAACGGAUAAGGAAGUGCUAUCUUGCAUUGCCAAGUUAGUAGGAAACCCUAUCCGGGUAGAUUAUGCAACGGAUAAAUUAACCCGAGCUAGAUACGCUAGAGUUUGCAUUGAGGUUCAUCUGGACAAGCCUUUGAUUACUAAGGUUUGGGUGGGAGGAAACUGGCAAAUGAUAGUUUACAAGAAUAUAGACACUUUGUGUUUUGAAUGUGGCAUAAUAGGUCAUAUUAAGCAAAAUUGUUUAAACAAUAAACAUUUGCAUGGUGUUCAACAUAAUCACGAUACCAACAAUAACAAUUCGGAAAACAUCACUCCUACCCAACAGUCUCCUAACAUGGAAACGACCCCAUCUUAUCGCAUAAAUAACGAGAGAACUUUAGAACACACGGAGGAGCAUAGUUAUGGUCCGUGGACCUUGGUAACCAAUAGAAGAACCACAAAACAAAGGUCGGAUAAUUAUAAUGGAAAAUUAAUGGGAGUUGCCUCGAACAAUUCAAGAAUAAAUGAUUAUGGGAAGAAAACCAAUUCUACGGCAAAUAAAUCUAAACCAAAUACUAUUCUAACACACAAAACAGAUAAAAACCUUUCUUCUUCCCCAAUUGCCCAAUCCAAAUUCCCCCUGCUUUCGACCAAUAAUAACUUUGCUGCUUUGAAUACUGAAGCAAAUUUAUUGUCUACAUUAACAAGAAAUGAAAAUGAAGAGAACAGUAGUUCCCAACACGUGGUUCGCGGCUCGAAACAGUUGGAUGCUCCAACAUUGGUCAGCCCAACUUUAGACCUUUCACCUUCCUUUUCUAAAAAAUCUUUAAGUAUCCAAAAGGCUUCAGAAAAACACCCUCACUCCUCUUCUUCUCCAGUAGUCGGAUCAAUCACAGAAAUCACCGACCAAGGGAAACAAAAUACCAGUGAUAACUACUUAUCAAAGGAGACCUCAAGAAAUCAGGAAACGGAAAGACUAUUGCAGGAUUCCAGUGAACAUUCAGGCGACAUUACCGGAGGAUCCGUGGGAAUUGAACUCAUCCAAAACUCUGAAUCUGUUCCCAACUUCUCCGACAUUGACAUGCAUGACAAAGAGGAUUCCACCGGCAACGCUGGGGGAACUUUGAAGCGGCCUAAGAACUCUCAACUCUCUCAAUUACAAAGGCCUACCCUACACAGAUCCAAAUGCGACCAGGAAUCGGAAUUGGGAGAAGGGCCCAAACUCGCCGAUUGCGGUGGGGCCAAGGCAGAGCUCGGGCAGCAAGAAUUGGGUAUUUGGACCACCAACUCGAGCACCGGUGACAAGUCGACAACUCCUAUCUCCAGUUCCAAGAGGAGUCCCAAUCGUUCCUUUGCGGUUCGAAACUCAAGGACAAGAUAUGGGUCACACAGAACGCCUUACAGCCAUGUACAUCACCAGGGAGGAAGUGGUGGGGGUCCAAAUUCAGGCGAAAUUUUGGAAUCCUGUGCUAAGUCAGAGACAGAUCUUCACUUAUCUCACGCCGAUCAAAGUGGAGGACAUUCCAUUGACAUGCAAACCCCAAUUUUGGAAGGAUUGGGAGAAUUAUUGGGUCCAUUACCCUCUAGACCCAAUUAA